AUGGCGUCGUCUCUACCGUCAGAACAACUCUCUGGACAGCAAGCGCAAAUAUUGCCACACCAACACCACCAACUCCACACGCCCAAGAGCGCGCCGCCUAAAUGCCAGACACAACUGCGACUGACCAGCCCUGAAGCUGCGCGGCGGAGCCGGCAAUCACUGGAGGCCAUCCAUGUAGCGCGCACGCUGAAGGAUGGGCUGAACCGGCUGAAGGAGCGCGCCGACCCCCAGCACCUUUUGUCUGGGGGAACCCCGCGGCCGUUACGCACAUACUCAGCGACCUCAACGCCUGUCCAAAGGAGGAGAAGCAAUCAGCUUGUGCGCCAUCAUUCAUCGUUUCAGAACUCUUUGGAGCAGCAGCGGACAACAAUAAACUCAAUGUGUUUUGUGGAUGGCGGGAGGAGGGAGCCGCCGCCGAGGUUUGCCCUGGAUUCGCCCGGUGAGUGGCGCCCGAGGAGGGCGGCGGAGGCUGCGGAGACGAUGAUUUUGUUCAAGUCGCAGUCGCAGUCGUCCGGGAUGAGCGUAGAUUUGUCUGAAGAUGUGUCGCCAUCACCAGAGGCUUUGGGAUGCAGGGGUGGCCUGCCGGCUUCUGCUUCUGCGUCUGUCUAUGAGUCUGCCACUGCUAUUGGUGCUGGGUCUGGAAGUGGCCGGGUUAUGCUGCAGCCGAAUCGGGUGCGCGCGGGGUCUGCUUCUAGACCGACUAAACGAGCUUCUCUUGAUCGGUGA